AUGCCAAACAUUAUCGGAAAGUACGAGCUUAUUAAGACUCUCGGUAGAGGAGGCUUCAGUAAAGUGAAGCUAGCAAGAAAUAGAGAUAACUUCUAAGAAGUAGCAAUCAAAAUCCACAAGUUAGAUAAUCCUGAACUCGAUCAAGAAAGAGUCAAUGUUAUUCAGAAUGAAGCAAAACUUCUCUCUACAAUUUAACAUGAAAGAAUAGUAAAUAUUAUUGACUACUUCCCAAGAUAAGUUGUGCAAAAGACAGACGGAACUUAAUAUGAGGUUGUCUGUGUUAUAAUUAGUGAGAUUGCUGACGGUGGAGAAUUGUUCUUUUACGUCAAGAAUAGUGGAGCAUUUAAAGAGAGACAUGCUAGACAUCUUUUCCGUCAAAUGCUUGAGGGUUUACAUUUCCUUCACAAAUAAGGUUUUUGUCACAGAGAUCUUAAACCAGACAAUAUCCUACUAACUGAAAACUUUGACGUAAAAAUAGCUGAUUUCGGAUUUGCAGGACCAAUGGCAGGUAGAUAAAAUGAAGGUUACUUGACGACAACUCUUGGUACAGUUCCAUAUCAAGCUCCCGAAAUUAAUCUAAGACAAACAUACAAGGGUGAAGAUGUUGAUGUCUUCUCACUUGGAAUCAUUCUUUUCAUCAUGGUAACAGGUCUCCCACCUUUCAAAGUUGCUGAUGAUUCUGACUUCUUUUACAGACAAAUUAUUCAUGGAAAAAUGGCAGAGUAUUGGGAUUACUUCAAAAGCUAAGUCAAACUAAAUGGAGGCUCGGAAUUUAGCGAGAAUUUCAUGGACCUUAUCCAAAGAAUGCUUGAAUUUAUUCCUGAUUAAAGGAUUAAGUUGGAUUAGAUUUUUGAGCAUAAUUGGGUGAAAUCUUCUGACUAUCCUUAUCCUGAUGAAAUCAGACAAGAAUUAGCAAGGAGAAAAGCAAAAAACAGCCUCGAGGAACAAAAGGUAGCAGCACAGAAAAAGUAAUAGAAGGCGAAAUAUCAUGCAAAAAUGAGAGGAGUAAUCAACGAAGACGAUGUAGAUGAUGAUGAUACAAAGAAGGAGGCCUUUAAGAUUGAGAAACACAUUGAUGUGUCAAAUGAGCAAAUGCUACUAAAUCAUGUGAUUCUUAUCAGUGAGCACCCAGAUGAAAUUUUGGAAGUCAUUCAAGAUUACAUUAAUGAAAAGAAAGACGAGGAAGAUAUUGAAAUCAAUGAAAAUGCUAAGAAACCAUACAAAGCUUUAAUUAAACAUAUCAAACCAGAGGGCAUUUCAUUAGAAUUCAGCUUUAACAUUAUCAAGUUAGAAGGAUAGGAGAUGUUUGCCAUUGAAUUCCAGAAUUACAACGGUUUACAAGACGAUUUCCUCAACUUUAUCAACGAUCUUGAUGCUGAGCUUAGCAAGAAAUUCGGCUAUGUUGAUGUUGAGGAUGAAGAAGCUGAUUGA